AAAGAGGAAAGAAACAAAUGGAUAGUUUUGGGUGGGUUGGGGAUAAUAGAGCGAAAAUUUUUAAUGUAUAUUAUAAGGAAUUUAGUCCAACUGUAUUGUGGCCUUUGAGACCGACAUGGACUUGGAAAUAUAUUAAUGUAGACAGAACUCUAACAAAUAUUAGGAAAAGGAAAACAUUAGAUACUUGCCAAGAAUUUUAUAAUCACAUGCAGAAUAAAUAUAUUGAAUAUUUGCAAAUUUAUACGGAUGGGUCGAAAGACCCUAAAAGUGAAGCAACCAGUAUAGCCAUAGUGAUUCCUGAAUUAAAGAUUAGUAUUUCAAAAAGAACAUCUGAUUAUUUGAGUGUGUUUGCGGUAGAACUAGGUGCUAUUUUAGUAGCUUUAGAAUGGGUGGAGGAAACUAAUAGGAAUAAAAUAAUAGUUUGUAGUGACUCUCUAUCUGCGUUGACGAGUAUCGGAAAGGGACGUACAAAAAAUCAUCAAAAUAUUUUAUAUGAGAUUAUGGCGGUUCAUCAUAGGAUCUGUGAACAAAAUAAAAAUGUUGUAUUAUUCUGGACUCCUGCUCAUGUAGGUAUUAUGGGGAAUGAAAGAGCAGACAAGCUGGCUAAGGAGACAAUUAAACAAGAUGAUAUUGUUAUGCAAAUAAAGUUAUCUAAAUCUGAAGGCAAAAGUAUAAUUUGGAAAGAAAGCAAGAAGAUAUGGGAAGAUAGGUGGGUAAAUGAAAUUAAAGGAAGACAUUUAUUUAGAAUACAAAAAACAGUCGAUGUAGAAAGGAUCAGAGGAUUAAACAGGAGGGAAGAGAUAAUUAUAAAUAGAAUACGAACUGGGCAUAGUUUCCUAAACGGAACUCUUUUUAAGAUGGGGAAACACCUUACUGGUUUAUGUAGAUGGUGUGAUGAAGUAGAAACAGUGGAACAUGUUUUGAUUAAAUGUAGGAAAUACGAAAGUCACAGAAGAUUAUUAAAAACAGAACUAGGUGUUAGUAGGGAAUUGAAAUUUGACAAGGUGAUCGAUCAGCUGAAUAAUAUUGAGGGGAAAAAGAAGAUUUUUCGUUUUUUAAAAGACACUGGGAUUUUUAAGAGUCUUUGAGGAGUAGGUAGUAGGAGUCAAUGGAGGGCAGUAGUGCAACAUAAUUGGAUGCAAGCUGCCGUUAAAAUCUAAAGAAGAAGAAGAAGAACACUUCAUCGCCUGAGUGUUAAGUGUUAUGCCAGUAAUGGUCCCCAAAGCCCUCUAGAGCUAUUUCUUUGUGCUUUCCUUAGAUUUACUCGCAGUAAUCCUUCGCUGUUUUCCUGUGUACAGGUGUUUCCUCGUGAGUUCCCAAGAAGAUUCCAUUUUGGUUUCUUGGAUUCCCUUUUUCGUGACGCCGUGGAUUAUACCCACUGGUCGCCGAGCCCCACCGUCAUCUCCUCCGUCUGAUCCCUAGCAGACUCCACAUAUCUUCAGCUGGCUGUCGGACCGCUCCUCCGUUUGUCCCACCGCACUCGAACUUACCUGUCCGCCUUCCACCGCAGAACCCUCGACUGGAUUUCGAGCCGCUCCUCCACCAUCUCUCGUGGAACCAGGAUCUUUGUAAGGACCCACACUAGGAGACCAAAGCCUCGAACCUACAGUAUCAACCCUCCCGGACGGACAAGUCCUCCACAACAAUGAACAGACGUCGCAGUGAGCCCGUUCCAGAACCCGUUUACCCAUUUGUUUGCAAUAAAUAUCAUUUUACUGA